GGCGCGGAUGGCUCUGCGCAGUCGUUCUGUGAUUACGGAAAGGAGAUGUGUUCAGCGUUAGGUCGACCUGGGCGACAGUUGGCCAGCCUUCGUCAUCGAAGAGAGAGUGUUAACCGCCUGCAACUGUUUGUUGAUUGCUUCACAUUUUUUCGAAAGAACGAUCUGGUCCGUCAUUCACUGCGGCCUACAUCGAGUGUUGAUCUAGUUUGUGUCGACGGUCAUCGUCCUCAAUUGCAAAAAUAUGGCCUUAACGUACGAGUAGCGUUUGAGGCAACAGGUUGCUUUUGGAACGAUUGUUUCUUUUCGGCAACACGUGUGGUGCUUUCGAUUCUUUCCAAAUGCCGCGAGAGCAGCAGCUGGAUCGUGUGGGAGGAGGCGGAGUGAGUCGGCAAAACAGACGGCCACCACUAAUCAAGAAUGCUGGAUGCUGUUUAAUGCUAGAUCCUCACUACAGCAAUAGUAGCAUGUAUUUGGGCGAUGAGGGCACUUAUGUCUGUAAAGCAUUCAGUCCUCGAUCUUACGUCAUUCAAAAGGUUGGACCCUCUUCGACGUCACCUCCACCACCUUUAUCGGCAGUACCUUCGCUGAAUCCCGACGCUGUCGUUUUUGAAAGCAAUCAUCUGACCAGACAAAUAACUGACACGGACAGUAUUGUCAUUGACCGCCCGACUGCAGUAACCCACUCCUCAGGAAAAGAUCAUACAUUGGUGAAUGGGGAAGCAGUCAUGCCUUCACCAGUGGCUCUCUCCGUGGAAUCUUUGCCUGCUGUAGACUCACCGGACAUGCUGAGCCCGAGCCCAGUGACUGUGUCCCUUGUACAAGACACUACCAAGACAAUGAUGAAUGGUGACCAACUGCAAUCCAAAGAAGGGGAGAGUGGUUCUGUCCAGAAUGAAUCAGUAGUGGUUUCAAGUGAGAUUGUGAACAAUCCUUCUGCAAUGUCUCCCAUCGGGGAUGUUCCAGUCGACAGGCUAAAGCAUGCUUUAGCUGUGCAAUUAGAAUACUACUUUUCAAGGGAAAACCUGGCUAAUGAUGCUUAUUUGGUGUCUCAAAUGGAUGGGGACCAAUAUGUUCCUAUUUGGACUGUGGCUAACUUCAAUCAAAUCAAGAAAUUGACAACUGAUAUUAAGCUGAUCACAGAAGUUUUGAAGGAAUCACCAAAUGUCCAGGUGGAUGACGAAGAGAUGCGCGUGCGACCUAGCCACAAACGUUGCAUUGUGAUUCUUCGAGAGAUUGAUGGCACUACGCCAGUUGAGGAAGUACGUGCCAUUUUCGCUGAUGAGUCUCUACCCAAGAUACUCUCCUGCGAGUUUGCUCAUAACAAUGUAUGGUACAUUACUUUUGAAUCGGACGACGAUGCCCAGCGAGCCUACCACUAUGUUCGAGAUAACGUUAAGGAAUACAAGGGCCGUCCAAUCAAUGCACGCAUAAAGGCUAAGCCGGCGAUGAAUCGCUUUUUCGGCUUGCCAGGUGGAGUGAAUAAUGGGUUGCCUGGUGUUCCUCCCGGUAUGAGCAUUGUUCCACCAGCCGUUCCUCUCCCUGUCCCGGUGAUCCUGGCACCUGGAGCUCCUUUGCCUGUGGCUGUAGCACCAGUGCCUCCCACUGCUGUCCCUUUGGUUGCUGCAACUGGUACGGCUCCGUCGCUCAAGAACGGAUAUCCAACUGCCGUGGCAAGUGGAACUCCGCCCCCGCACGAAGGUGCGGUCGCUGUUAAUCCUUCGGUAAACCAACAGCAGCAGCCACACAUGCAGCCGCAUCAUCAGCAGCAGCCUAGAUUCCUCUAUGCAGCACCUCCCGCCCCUGGAUCACCGUAUGGAGCACAACCUCAGCUUCAGUUAUACGCGUUCCAUCAUCCCAGUUCAUUCUACACGCCAACUGUCCUACAGGCGUGGCCUUCGACGACCGCCGCCGGUACUUCGCUGUUUGAUUUGGCACCGGUGUUUGCUAUGAAUGGUCUGUCGCCUCAAGCAACGUUUAAACCGUCACCCAAUCCACGCUACCCAGGUAACAUGGGCGGCCGAGGACGGGGUGCUCAUCGUCGAAAUUUAUCGACACAUUCUAAUGCGAAUAACCAAAACGAAACAAGCGUUUCGGCGCAUUCUCCUGGAUUCAGCCAACAACAACAAUCUGGCGGCUUGAGCGGUUCUGCUGGUGGCAAUGCCAGCAGCACUGCGAACGGCGUUUCUAUGAGUAACGGGCCAUCCGCUGCGCCCCUUCCGUCCAAAAACAGUAACUCCCCUCAAGCGGGGACGAGUGUUUCGUCCUCUUCACCGGUGACUAGCAACGCUGGCGGCAGUGGACGUGAUAAUAAGGAAGCGAGCGCUGUAAGCGGCACUAGUCAUCAUCCGCUUCAGAAACAGGCGACUGAUGGCGCUCCUGCUGCGGUCGGAGCAGCAGGUUACGCUCCUGCUUCUAGCGAUGAAAGGCGACACCAUCACGAAGCCAACAACGAAAGGAAUUUUGGAGCCGACCGUGGCGAUAGACAACAGUACGGAUUUGGCGGCAGAGGCCGUGGUCGACCUAGAGGUGAUAGAGGGAAUAGAGGAGGCGGAUAUUCGUCCUAUUAUCGCGGUGCAUCAAAUGGCCCUUACCGUGGUGGCAGCGGCGGAGGCGGUGGUGGAGAUCGUGAACGACAGGAUCGUGACUCGCGGCACGGUAGCUUCGGCUCCUCUGUUGGUAGUGGCGGGGGAAGUUACCAGUCGCGUGUUAAUGGCCCACAUCAGCAUCACCAUCAUGGUAAUGGUAAUAGCAGCACGACUAGCCCAGCACCCGAUUUCGACCUUCAGGCAGUUUCUUCGUUUCCGCCUUUACCUGGUCUGGAAGCUGGAGCUCCUAGUGGAGCGUCUCUCGCUGUGUCAAGCAACUCUGCCGGUGGUAAUGCAGUAAACUCUGAAGCGACGCCCAAAACUGAGGAGAACAGUACACCGGAAUGUGUAGCUCAUUUAGGAGCAGUUAAUAGUAGCGGAGCAAGUGGAGCUUGGGGUGAGAGUAAACUGUCGGAUGUAGUGAAAGGUGUGGCCAAACCGAAAAGUGGCUCAAAUAACGGGCAUGGUCCAAAACAUCUAUUGAACGGCCCCGCUUUGGUUCCGAGCGGAGGGCAUAACAGCAAUGCAGCAGCCAGUAGUUCUGCAGCUUCCGUGAUAACGCCAUCGGGUGGCAUGUUGGGUGCAACCAAGGCAACUUCACUCGAGAGCCAACCAUCUCCAUUGCCUAACGGUGAUCUCGCACAGUCCACUCUUGCCCUCACUCCGCCCACAUCCCCUGGAAAAAAAGAAAAGCCUUUUUCGGGUUCUGCUGUUCAACAAGCCAAUACUUCAAAACCGGCCAAAGCGCAAACGUCCACUCAACAAUCGCUCAUACACCACCAUCAACAACCCACGGCAACUGGAACUCCUCCCUCCGAUGUAGCGCCGGUUAAAGUAGUUGUCGCUCCUGUUCAUCCGCCCGGCGUUUCGUACGCUAAAAUGGCCGAACAGAACAAGGAUCGAUUGGAACAAAUGGCACGCGAAGUCAAAGAGCGCGAGCUAGAACAGGAACGUGAGAGGAGGAGGGUAGCCCAAACGAAAUUGGCAGCUAAUCAGGGUAAAACUGGUGCACGGCCGGGUGGGCCUGGUCAAACACCCGGUAAUGUAGCGCCGUCAACUAAUUCGUCAAGCCAAGGACCAGCAGCUGUGCAGCAGCAGCAUCAACAUCAAUAUCGCAACGACAGACGUAAAGACAAGCAGGCUCACCACGUCAAUAUUAAUAUGGGCAGCGAUAUUGAGGUUGGUGGUUCACGUGACCGUUCCAAAUCUCCUUGAAAGUCUGUUUUAAAAAUGAUGGGCGGAAAGAAAAAGGAGCGAUGGUGGGUGGACAAAAUUUCUUCUUAAAUUUUCGAAACUUAUCUGCCUACACGUAACAGCAACAAUAUUGUUUUGGUUUUUCCCCCCCCCAUCUCUCUUGUCUUUUCCGAGGUGGUGUUGUCGUGGGCUAAAAGACGAAAGAGGCCAGCCAAGUUUUGCUGGAUUCCAUUGUGUAUCAAUGCCUCUCCGUCAUCUUUAGAAUUAAUGCCACCGCCGACGAACUUACUCGGUAGUUCCGUUUAGGAUUUAACCUAAUAUUUUUUCUUCAAACGUCGAUCUUUGCAUUAGCAAUCGUGAUUUAUCAGAUUGUCUAUCGACAUUAAGGAACGAACCAUUUAAAAAUUUGCUCCAUUUACCCAAUCUACUACCACAUCCUCGCACGUAGAGAGAAAUGUUUCUCGGGGAAGGGAGCUUGAAAUCGUUCAAUCGGUUGCUCAUCUCGCCAACGGGUGUGGAAUGUGUUGCAAGAUUCUUCUUCCCGCAUAAACACACCUAACGCUACACGGAUAAAUAUGUUUUCUGACCUUUGUGUAACUUUUGUUUCAAAUUAUCUUUGCUGCCCCAUUCAUUGACUUGGACCUUGUUGGAAAUUCGUGGAAAACAUUAGCGCGUCUUGUGGUGUAGUUAAAAAAAAAAAAGUCAAAGCCAAUAGCAGGAGAGUGGGGAAAACGUAACACACACAAAAAGAAGUUUUAAUUUGUUUUUGAGGGUGGGGGGGAAAGUUUGAUGCAAACGUGAAUACGAGAGGGAGGAAACAAAAUAUGUUAAUUAGUCGUCUGUUGAUGCUUCAAAAUUUGUAGGAUAGUGGCGAUAAAAUUGAACGAAUUAUUUCGGAGCGAGAAACAAAAGACAAAUAGCAAACACGUUGUUCAAUAGUGAUUCUCUUACGAAAAAAAAACCAAAAAAAAAUUUUCUCCCUUAUAGUCUUUGUCGUAGGUGUUGGAUAAUAACGUUCUCUUCAUUACCGGCUCCCUUCGCUGGCUAAUUCGUUUUGUUCUCCAAAUGAUAAUUCUGUCUCUCGAUUUUCUUUGGUAUAUUCUCCGCCGCCACCUCUCCUGCUCCUCCUUGCCCUCCUCGCCUUUAUUUUUCAUUGAAGGAAUUCGGAAGAAGUGUAGGUAGUGUGACGGAGCUAGGUAAUGAAGACGGGUGCUAAUGUUUUUCUCUUCUUCAUUGUCCGGUUUACCACAGCGGCUGCGCCAACAAUUUAUUAUUUCAUUAUUCUCCCCGCCAUUUUCUUCCCUCCAUCUAUGCUUUUUUGUGUUUCAUAUUCGAAUAUCUGAGAUGAAAUCAUUUCUUUCCAACGACACCGCCCGUGACAGUUCGUUUCCCCUCUUUAAAAAAAAAUUAAGUCCUGCUAGCCGUUUAGUGAACGGGAAGACAUGUCCUCGCUUUUUUUUUUUUUCUUUUUUUCGAUCUUCCCAAACCACCAGCCUAAAAAGAUUUAAAUAGUGUGUUCCAGUCAACGAGUAUGAGGAGUUUUUUUUAUUAUUAUUAUUUUUUUUUUAUCGGGGUAAGUGUCAACUAGCUGUCCAAUAUAUAUAUUAUUUUCUUUUUUUUUUUUUUUUUUUUUAUAUAUCGUUUGGUCGAAUGUUCACAUCUUGAUUUUUCUUUUUUUUUUUUUUUCCUUUGCUCUGGAUCGUCAUCAUCCCACUUUCGAUGUGUGUGUGUGUGAUUUAUCUCGCAAAAUGGAUUGUGCCUUACUGCCUUUUCUGGGUUAUUUCUUUUUUUUUUUUUUUCUUUAUUACUAUCUUUUCGUUAACUCCAUCUGUUCUUUUUUUCCUUUCUUUGCCCUCUUACCGCCCUUACACAUCAGUCUUUGCGCGUGUUGUUUCGCCCUCGGUCGUUCUUAUCACAUUUAUUUCUCCUCCUUUUACCUGUAUUAUUAUUAUUAUUCGGACAUUCGUCUCUUGUUGUCUUGCGAAUUGAUGCUAAUUAAGUGUUCUUACGUCAACAGAAUUUUUGGGUGGGGUUCUAUAUUUAAAACAAUGUGUUAGGGGAGGGGAAGAGAAUUGACGUGCUGGAUGUAUACUCCCACGCAAAAAUUUUUGGCUUUCAUUAUGUUUCACGAGGAAACACACAUUCAUUCACGCAGCCUCCUCCUAUUACUAUUUACAUGUCCGCCUCUUCUUUUUUCUUGAAUCAGUAGAUCGAAGAAAAAAAAAGUGGGAAAAUUAAGGAAAAAUAAUUGAAUUUUUUUUUUUCUUGAUUUUUGAACUCGGAAAAAGAUGUCUAAGAUAGAAGCAGCCAUUCAUUAUACCCUUUUUUUUUUUUAAGAGAAAGGAGAAGAAAAAAAUUUGAUUGCAGGAGAAAGAUUCUAAUGAUACGAUUCUGUAUGCUUUUUUCGUCUUUUUUUUUACUAUUACUACCCUAUUACUAUCAUUGAUACAAUUCAUCCUCAUUACAAAGCAAAGAAGCCUGUGUUUGUUGUAAAAGUGUGUGUAUAUAUUGUAGCCUGAUGAAAGAGCUGUCCAACGGAGAUUUGUUAGUGUACUACUCUUUGUUUUUUUCCCCCCUCUCCUUUUUGAUUAUCAUUUUUUUCUCACUCUCGUUUCUCUGCAAAACAACAUCAAAGAAAGCCAAGUAAAAACUAAAAAAAAAAAAAUGAUGGAUAAUAGGUUCGUGUCGUUACAUACAAAUGGAACAAAAAACAAAAAAAAACACCAA